AUGGACGGGCUGCCCGGAAGGGCGCUGGGAGCCGCCUGCCUUCUGCUCCUGCUAGCGGGCUGGCUGGGUCCGGAGGCCUGGGGCUCGCCGACACCGCUGCCUUCCCCGGCCGCCCCGCCGGGAGCCGAGGGCGCCCCCCCAGACACUUGCACGUCGUGUGGCUUCAGGCGCCCGGAGGAGCCGGGCAAAGUGGACGGCGACUUCUUGGAGGCGGUGAAGCGGCACAUUCUCAGCCGGCUGCAGAUGCGGGGCCGCCCCAACAUCACCCACGCGGUGCCCAAGGCCGCCAUGGUGACCGCCCUGCGCAAGCUGCAUGCGGGGAAGGUGCGGGAAGACGGCCGAAUGGAGAUCCCGCACCUAGACGGGCACGCCAGCUCGGGCUCCGACGGCCAGGAACAGGUGUCAGAGAUCAUCAGCUUCGCGGAGACAGAUGACCUUGCCUCCUCCAGGGUCCGCCUGUAUUUCUUUAUCUCCAACGAGGGCAACCAGAAUCUGUUUGUGGUGCAGGCCAGCCUGUGGUUAUACUUGAAAUUGCUCCCUUACGUCCUUGAGAAAGGCACCCGGAGGAAAGUCCGGGUCAAAGUGUACUUCCAGGACCUGGACCACAGUGACAAGUGGAAUGUGGUGGAGAAGAAGGUAGACCUCAAGAGAAGUGCCUGGCACACUUUCCCCCUGACAGAGGCGAUUCAGGCCCUGUUUGAGAAAGGGGAGAGGAGGCUGAACCUGGAACUCCAGUGUGAGGGCUGUGAAGAGCUUGCUGUGGUACCUGUCUUUGUGGACCCUGGGGAAGAAUCUCACCGACCCUUCUUGGUAGUGCAGGCCAGACUGGCAGACAACAAGCACCGGAUCCGAAAAAGGGGGCUGGAGUGUGACGGCAGGACCAAUCUCUGUUGCAGGCAACAGUUUUUUAUUGACUUCCGACUCAUUGGGUGGAAUGACUGGAUCAUUGCGCCCACGGGUUACUAUGGGAAUUACUGUGAAGGGAGCUGCCCGGCCUACUUGGCCGGAGUCCCAGGGUCAGCUUCCUCUUUUCACACCGCUGUGGUGAAUCAGUACCGAAUGCGAGGGCUGAACCCAGGGACCGUGAACUCCUGUUGCAUUCCAACCAAACUCAGCACAAUGUCAAUGCUGUACUUUGACGAUGAAUACAACAUUGUGAAGAGGGACGUUCCCAAUAUGAUUGUGGAAGAAUGUGGCUGUGCUUGA